AUGGCCGACACAGACUACGUGGAAGAGGCCCAGCCCUCGCUCGAAUUUCUCCGUUUGCGCUGGCAAAUUACCGACGGCCCAGCCUUUUCCCACAUCAACGUGAUCGAGGACCCCGAGGAUGCCGCCUCCGCGCAGUGUCCUCUGCAAGCCGCCGACGGCACCUUUCACGAGAUUGCCGCAGCGCCAUGCAGCGACCCGCCGACAGCGCGUCUCACUCUGCAGCUCGAGGAGGCGACGUAUCUCGGCGUCGAGGGCGACGCGAGCGAGCCACUGUCCACCCCGGCUGCCCGCCUCGACAUUGCCGCCGCCGCGGGGGAAACGCACGUUUCGAUCCGCGCGUACGUGGAGCAGACGCACGCCUGGUUCCUGGCGCAGCGGCAGAGGCACUUUGAGGGGUACGGGUACGGCGGUGAGGGCGGAGAGGCGCUGCCGGCGGACACGCAGCUGUGGUUUGACCCGUCGUCACCCAAUGUGAUCAACUUUUUCGACUCGGUCGAGGCGGAGCCGCCGUUUGCGUUUGAGUGGAGUCUGGUUGCGGAUAUGGCAUCGGGGAUCUUGCACGGGCAUUCGGAGGAGGAGUAUGUGGAUGAGUACGACGGUCCGAUUGAUCCGAUUGAGGAUCUGUAG